ACGAAGCCCCGGUCGUGACCGCGUUAUUGCAGGCUGGGGGCUGCUCACGAGUGACUUGUGCAUAAAUCCCAUUACAUGAAUAUUUUAGCCCAACAAUACUUGCCCAUGCAAUAACAGGACUCGACAUCAACGCGCUCCUCUUCAUCAACUGUGCAACCGACUUUCGCGCUAUUCCUCGAGUGCCGUGCGACUACAUACAACAAUUGCUCGACGCCUGCCUGCGCUACGUUUCGUUCAAGAACAUAGUAUGACGCAUUCAUAGUCAGCGUCGUUGACGCAACCGAGUCAGCCAUCCAUCAUGUCUCGUCAACCCCAGAACACGGCCGGCUUCUUCAUCUUCAUAUUGAUGAUAUGGAUGAUAUUCCCCGAUACCGAAAGAAGCGCAGAGACAUUUCUGCUGUCCGACCUAGCCGGCGAACGAAUACAACGGUUCUGGACAGCACUGCACGUGCUCGGCGACACCAGAUGGGGUGACUUUGCGCCGACAAAGGAGCAGGCCAAGUGGGUGAACCUGACCGGCUUUCGGCAGGAGGACGGCCUCUCUUGGGGUGGCCUCGAUCACUUCCGUCAGAGAUCACUAGACUUUAGCCGGUAUGCUUUCUCUGCGGAGGGCGAAGAGCAACUAUGGGAUUCCGCCGAAGCGCUGCCGGUCUGGACCAACGCGUCGGGCACAUUGCAUGGGGAGUGGCAUAAGACGGACGCAAUUGCGCCACGAAGCUACGCGAGCCACAAUCUGAGCGCCAGUAUGCCGGAUAUCCACUGGGUUGGGGAUGAUGCGCCUUGGGCCCGCAACAUGACAGGCAGGGAAGGCAGAAUGGUCGUCAUGCUCGAGGGCAACACAACAGACCUUGAGUACGAGCAGCUUUCGGUGGACGAGGCACCUUUGAGCGGGGGCUCCGUCAGAAGCAUCAAGGCCAACGUGCAGAUUGAAGAUACCCACGGCUCGCACCAUAACUGGGAGAUGCGACUCUGGGGAGCUCACUGGCCGCGCAAAGGUGUCGUCAUGCUGACGACUACGAGUGAGAAAUUCCAAGGCCUGUUUGGAUUACCGCACUUGACACCCGGAGCGGAUUAUUUUCGUUCGAGCCAGAUGUUGUUGAACGAGACGCUGGCGCACACACUGAAGACGAAGGAGAGGGACAUUUACGUCGACCCAAACCAGCCAUGGAGCUCCGACGUGGAUAACUCAAUGUACACAAAGUACCCCUAUCCUCAUUGCGAAUUUGUCAUGUACGGGCAGCUGCAGCCUCCUACGCGACAGAGCGUGGGCUUGACGAAGCCCGAGUCUGAGAGAGAGGCGCUUGCGAAUAUGAUCCAUGCGGCCGAGUCUGAGUUGGAAGCGCCAGUGGGUGCUCCCCUUGGAUCAAUACCCGACAUGCAAAUGUCUGCUGUCAUCUACUCGCCCGAUUGUGGGUUCUUCCUUGAGACCAAAGGACCGCCAGACUUCCCCCCGGGGCAGGCGCACCAUCUUUUGGGGUUGAAGAAGGAGAUUCACCUGCAACAGGUGAAAAAGUGGCUUCUUGUCUUCGCCCUGGUUGUUUCCCUGCAGGUUUGGCUGCUGAGACGGCAGCGGGUCGAGUCGUCGACACCAUCCACAAUGGCACGUGUGAGCUUCUCAACUAUGGGCAUGAUGCUACUCGUUGACGGCAUGACAUUCACAGCGGCCGCCACAUGGGUAUCGUCUGCUGCGUCGACAUUUUUGCCCACUCUGGUCCUCAUGUUCUCCAGCUUCCUGUCCAUGACAGUGGGAGGUGCCUUUCUCGGCAACAUUCACGAUGUCCAGCUCCCAGAAGGCCGCGACCGUCGAGAUAGGAAUCAGCAGGUCAAUGGCGCCUCUGGGGCGAACGAUGCGACAGCGGAUGCGCAGCCAGCAGUGGCGCCUACUGGGACGCAACAGGGCGGUGCUGAGUCCCUUUUGCCGGCGCCUGUGACGGCUGGCCGCCCGGCGAACACUGUCCCGGACCCGGUCAUUGUCCCUUCUGAUCAGGACAUUGAUGCUGAGAUUGCUGAGGGCGCGGCCGCUGCUCCUCUUGUCGGUGCGAAUCAGCAGCGUGCAGAGGCGCGCACUCCUGUCCAGUCCUUUCAGAGUAUUGUUGGGCGCUUCAUCCUGCUCAGCCUGACCAUCAGCUUCCUGAUCAUCUCUUCCACCACGUGGUAUCCAUCGUGGCGAUCAGGCUUCCUCAAUGCACUGGGCUUCAUAUACCUGUCGCUAUGGGUACCACAAAUCUACCGCAAUACGAUGCGCAAUUGUCGCCGUGCGCUCAAGUGGGAGUUUGUUCUGGGGCAGUCUGUCCUGCGGCUGCUUCCUCUGGCCUACUUCUGGGUCAAGGAGGAUAACUUCCUCUACGCGUCGCCCGAGCCCCGAGCGUUCCUGGUGAUGUGCACCUGGCUCUGGGUGCAGAUUGUGAUCCUAGCGGCUCAGGACAUUGUCGGCCCUCGCUUUGGCGUGCCCGUGAGCUGGACGCCAGAUGCCUGGGACUACCACCCGAUCCUCCGCGAAGACAGCCUCGAGGCCGGCGGUCUCCCCAUUGGCCUGGUCAUGGACGACCAUCCAGGUCUUGCCGACAGUGAGGAGACAAAGAAGAACCACAACACCCGGACGAUUGAUUGCUCUAUCUGCAGGGAACACCUGGAGGUGCCGGUCAUUAAGUCUGGGAACGAAGCCAGCGGAGUGACCGGGGCGCUCGCCAGAAGGCUGUACAUGGUGACCCCGUGCCGGCACAUAUUCCACACCGCAUGCCUUGAAGGAUGGAUGCGGUUCAGGUUGCAGUGUCCGAUAUGCCGUGAAGAGCUGCCACCCCUGUAACUGUACAAUCUUGUAUACCAUAGCGCGCGGUCGGGUUCAUAGCAUAGCCCGCAUCAUGAUACCCAACUUGACAUUACCCAUCCUCUUAUAUACAGACACCGUAUGAUACAAAACUCGUACAACGCAAUGCGACUUGGGCGGCCCCCAUUAUUUCUUCCCCUCAGGCUUGUUGUCAUUUUCGCUGCCCUCCUUCUUGCUCGAGUCCGGCCUCCAAUUCCCACUCCAGACCUCGGCGAUCUGGUCCAUGAUGAUACCCGUCAUGCCUUUGCCCUCCGCCAGCUUCUGCUCGUGCUCUUCCAGCCUCUUCUUCUGCCAAUCCUUGCCCUCGCCGCCCAUCCACACAUCC